CUCACACUGCCAGACCCACCGGAGUACAGGUGAGCAGCAUGACCAGAGAGCUCUGAAUCCAGGAUUUUUAUCUGUCGCCGUGAAACCRUGACUGCUGCAGACUAAAGUCACCUGCUGCCUAGCUUAUUUAUCUGAACGGGGGCAGUAAAUGAACCUGGAUGUUGCCUAAAUUAAGCACAGAGAUCAACUAGGAAUGCUAGUUUCAAUAAGCCUAAAGCAGUUUGGAUUUAUUUUCAAAACCAAAGCUUUUAACCAAAGAGGACAUUGCUGAUGCAGCUCGGAAUUUACCAAAACAAGAAAAACAGAAAUAAUCUUUCCUGCCCCAUAAACUGUGUCGGCCUUUAAAGGAUGAGAAACAAGCACAAAGCAGCUCUCGCAAAAUACUUUGGGAGAUGGAAAACAAAACAGCCUCUGGAAUGACCUUUCCAAAGUGAAGUGUUUUUUUUUUCUCACAUGCACCUUAAACAGGAGGAAGUUCCAUAUACAUAGUUUCCCCUCACGUCACCGUAGACUUAUGAUCUUCAAGAUAAAGAGCAGAUCCCUUUCUUGGAAGGCAAAGUAAUCUGUGGGCUGCAGACUGAGACGCAAACGAAAAAAGCAUGUUCUGCCGACCAAAAUAGAGGAGGAAAGGAAAGAGAAAAAUCUGGGAAGGGGGAAAAAACUUGGGAGUUUCAUUUGCCCUCUGCUCCACAUUUUUUUGUGGCUGUUUUUCCAACGGGAAUUCUUCCAAAGGACGUUGGAGCUGACCCUCUGGGAGGUCCAAUUAGACUGAGAUAAACACUUCAUGAAGGAACAAAGUAAGAGUAAACUCUUUACGCCAAAUUUCAGCUGACUGCUUGGGGAAGGAACCCGGCUGCUGCAGGAGUCAUGCCUGGAAGAAGAAACCUGGAGUGCUGAAGUGCCUCUUUACAUUCUCAGUUUUUAGGYGAUUAAACRCUGUUGUUGAAGAAAGGAUACAGGCGUAGGGAUCUGAUUCAGGAUCGCGAUGGAGAAAGGCCAUACAUCUAUYAGGAGAGGGGUGAGCUGGAGUCCAGGAGGAUUGAGAAAACCUAUCGAGUCAAAGCAAGAAAUGCAACCCACUGAGACCGACCACAACGCAUCCUGGGAGAAGACGGGAUUUAGCACACAGCACAUCAGCCGCAAAACAAAUCUGAGCAGGAGUGCCAGUUUAUCGGAGAAAGAGCUGAAGGAGGCACGGCUGAAGAGUCACAUCAUUGCUGCUCAGCUCACCAUCCCCUCCAACUCCGGAUCCAGCUCCAGGGGUGUGCAGCUUUUUAAUCGGCGCAGGCAGAGAGUGAACGCCUUCACGCUCGAAAGCUGCGGACAAGGGUCAGAGGUGGACAAAACUGAAAAUGUGAAAAGGGAUUCCUUGUCCAACAAGCAAACCUGGGCAGAGAGGAGCUGUGAGGACAAGGACACAGACCUGAACUUAAAUAAUAAUAAGUCACACUUUUUGCCAGCUGCAAGCAGCCCUUCAACUGGUGGCAUAAUGGAAGAAGAAAAUAAGAAUUUCAUCAAAGAUGAAGACACGGAGGACUAUGAUAUCCAGGAAAGACACUUCCUCCCUGUCAAAGAAGAGCCGGAAGAAGAAGACGACAUAAAGGAUAAAAUUCACGAGGGUCUAGAGGACGAUGCGAGGCACAAAACUCUGGAUGAGAGUAAUGACUCUCAUCCAGCUGUGAUGGCACAUGUUGAAAGGAAGACAGAAACAAGUGAGGGCCACCCAGCAGUUGUUCCCUCUGAAAAGCUUCUUAAUGGCUGUCACAGCACCUCUGGUUCAGAGAGGAUUUCCUUAGUCUCACCCUCCAAGCAGACGCCUGCCUUCCUCAACAGAACAGCUCGACCUUUCUUCUCACCACCAACUGUGCUCUCUCCAGAUUCAGUCAAUUCUGCUGUAGAAAUCCCACCUCCUCCAUCUUAUGCCACUCCUCCUCUCCCUUCUUCGACUCAACCUGUCACGUUCUCUCCUCCGCCUCCACCACCAUCAUAUCCAACACCUCCUCUGCCGGCCUUCACAAACCGACCCCCACAGACGUUCUACACUAGUCCACUUCCAAUGUCUCCUCCCAUGUCCCCUCCAUGUCCUUCGCCAUCCAACUUUCCUGUUUUCCAGCACCCACCUGCACCCCACUGUGGCCCUCUGACAGCUCCAAAGCCUUCCACCUUUGUUCCACAGUCCACUGGAGAAAGGAAGCUGAUAACACCAAUCAAAACAGGAAUACUAGAAGAAGGCGCAGUCAGAAGGGCAAACAAGAAGUCAAUGUUUACAUUUAAAGAGAAGCCAGUGGUUGCUCCAAACCCUGAGCUGCUCUCUCUGGUGCAAGGAGCGGAUGAAAGAAAGAAACAYGGACACAGAUCUGUCCCUGAACCAGCACCUGAAGAGGAGUUACUGGCUUUGGGAGCAGAAGCUUCCAACUUCCUUGCCAAAGCAGAGGUAAAGACAGAGGGAGCAAGAGCCCCAGAGUGGGCAUCCUGUCUCAAAAGCUCAAAGACCAGACCGAGGCUGGACCACCGUCCAGAGCAGAGCCUCACGAAUGUGUCAGGCAAGGGGGCUGAAUUGUUUGCCAAGCGUCAAUCAAGGAUGGAGAAAUAUGUUGUUGAGAAUCAGAAUCCAGGACAAAUUAGAUCUCCCUCCCCCACAAUGUCUUUACCACCAUCCUGGGUUUACCCAUCGAACAUGCCAGGAAGGGUGAAAGCCAUUGCCAAGAACUCUGAAGUGAGCGCACAGAUUUCGCAAAAUCUAAAGGCCCAGCAAGCCGUCAAGCAAAAACCAAAACCAAAAGUUGCAGUACCAGAGCCAGUUCCAGAGCCACCAACUACUUUAGAAAAUGGCUGCUCCAAGAUAGAGAUGGACCUCGCAAGACACCGUCCCUACCAGCUCAACUCUUCCCUCUUUGUCUUCAACCCGGUCAAGGACCCAUUAAGCACGUUACCCAGAGGAGCACCACAAGCCAACAACCAACUCAGCAGCCAAAGUUUGUCUAGACAGACUUCUCUACCUAACACCUCACCAUCUUAUUAUGGCAGUAUGUCACCUCAGUUACCUCUCACCUCCCCAAGAGGAUCAGAAUACCCAGCAAAUCCGGCUUCAACACAUCCGAGGAUCACUUCUUCGAUGUCUCCUUUUUCUCCAGAACGAGUUUCCUCCCCUCGGUCUGGAGUUCAGGCACCAAAGCCGACGUUUUCUGCCAAGAAGGCAGGAAUUACACCACAGGAAUCAGAGGAUUCAUCCCCUGUUGAAAUUACUGGUGAAACACCCACCGCAACCAGUACACCCAGCCUAACCMGACGCUUCAACAGCCCGGCAAACCAAGCAACUAGAACAUGGAUCYCCAGCUCUCAAACAAGCCAGUCACCAACCACCACCAGUGGAUCUAUCCGUUYUGUCACGUCUCCUGUCAAUUUGUCCAGUAAUGCAAGAUCCCAGUCUUUUAUAUCCAGUCAGAAUAGCCAGUUUUCCUCUGUUAAUUCCACUUCUGCAUCCAGGCCCCCCCGAGCAGCUACAGUCACUUCUCCAUGCUCUCCACCUUGGGGUUCCAGAUGUCAGUCCCCAGCUGUCAGCCAGUCCUUCACUACUGCCUCCAUUCCUUUUUCCAAACCCUCUGAAAACUCUAAAACCCAUUAUCCUAUUUCUCCUCCUUGGGGUUCAAGAUGCCAGUCCCCAUCUGUGAGCAAUAAUAAUAAGACCUCCACUGCUUCGGCUUUCUCCGUGUCCAGACCCUCCAUCACAUCUGUCGCCACCUCUACAAUGUCCCCUCCCUGGGGAUCAAGGUGCCAAUCCCCAGCAGUKAGUCAGAAUACCCAAACUUCCACMUUUUCCCCUGGUCCUACAUCCAGACCUUCCCAAACUCCUCCUUGGGGAUCAAGAUGUCAGUCGCCUUUCGUAAGCCAGAAUAAUCAAUCCUCCGCUGUUUCUGUCUCCCCAUCCAGACCUCUGCAAAUAUUUUCAGCCACAUCUCCUGUCUGCCCUCCAUGGAGCCCCCGCUCCCAAUCACCUGCACUGUUUCAAAGYAGCUCAUCCUUUCAUUCUACUAAUCCUCUGCACACAACGGCCGCUGCCUCCCCUCCACGACAACAAAAAGACAAUCGCUGCACGUCCCAGAUUGUUAACAACCUAGACUCAAAAGCAAAUCACCGUCUCCUUGCAAAGAAUAUUAUAAAUGCAGCCAAACGUAAAAMCAGCCCCUCCCCUGGAGCACCGAGCAGUCACGGCCUCCCCAUUUCACCUGUGGGAAACUCUCAAAACGACUGGCAAAAACCACCAAUUAGCCCCUUCCAGCAGAGGUCCUUGGGUGCACAGUCUCCYACCUUCACCAGCCCUCCUGUCACCCCGACUCAGAGAAUCUGCUCGCCCGUAAGGCUCUACAACACCCGUUCUCUGACCGACUCCGAUGCCUCUGUUGAGUCCGAGGACUCGGGCCUCAGGUCGCCUGGUCUACAUUCCUACAACACCUGCCCCCGUGGCUGGGGCGGCAGCCUGCGGGUCAAAAGAAGUACKGUCUCCACUGACCUGUGAGAUUGUUAAACUACUGGAUGUUCAGAAUUUCAUCAUUCAUAGACCCUUGUUUGGCCUUGGAAGAUAAUUUGAGUUUUUGACUGAGUUGCCUUAAAUUUCAGAGAAGCUAAUUGUUGGACCUAAAUCAUAGUAAAUGUUACAUUAAAAUAGUUUUAUGUUUCCACGGGGCUCACAUUCCUUGUGUGCACUGACAAGAACAAGUUUUUUAUGAAACACAGUUGCUGUGGCUUGUACGCUUCUGACAUACCAAAAAGUGCUCAAAAAA